AUGGCAACUUCAUCUUCAUCACACGUUAAAAGUGAAUCAACAGGACCAUUUUAUUCUGAUCAUGAAGCAAAUUUAUCAUAUACACUUGAGCAUAAUUUACCAAAUCAAAUAGAUUCAAUACCUCCAUCAUCAUCAUCAUCGAUUUUUAUUGAUGCACCUGUUCUUCCAUCAAAUGAAACACCAUCUGAAUUUUUACAAGGUUUUUCUGCACCGACCCCACCAGUUUAUAUUAAUAUGAGUAUAAGUGAACAAACAAGUGAUGUUGAUUUUGCUGGACCAAUAACAACAACAGACCCACCUUUAUCACCUUCAUAUACUGAUUAUCCAUUACCUUCAACAACAGUUCAGAGAUAUAGUCAUUAUCAUCAUCUUCCACAUCAUUCACAGAAUCAAAAUCGUUAUCCAUAUGUACCUUAUUAUGAGCAACGAUCUGCUUUUCGACGACCAAGAACACCAAACGCCCCGUCAAUGCCAGAACAUUUAUUGCCUGGUUAUACACAAGAUAGAACAGCAACAUCAAGAAAUAAAAAUGAUAGAGAUUAUAACGAAAAUAAAAAAGAAGAAGGUAAUUUAUGAAAUAUAUU